UGUUGCAAAUUUAAUCUUCUUAUUACUUUUCAACUACACCUAACCUAAACUCACAAUUUUCUGUCUUUAGUCAUCUGUUGUUGGAAGCUAUACCUGAUUCAUUAUUGAAACCCUACAAUCCUAAUAUUAUAUUGUGCCUACAAAGUUAUAACAGGCUUGGGUGAAGUUUUGAAAUAUUUUAAUUUAAUUCUAGGGUACCGUAUUUUGAGUUUAAUCGAUAAAAGUUUUAUGAACUUACAGCCUUCAAACCGAUUGUUGCGCACAAGUGCAUAAUUAGUUGGAUAGUACAAUAGUUUUGUGUUUGAAUUUAUAGAAGUUUCGAUUUUAUUUAUUUGUGUAGGUAGGCUAGUGACGCUAAUAAUUAGAAAUCAUUCAUUUAUUUUAUAGAUUUUGUGUUUCUAAAAUGAACCGCACACUAAAAAAUUUUUUAUCCAUGCACAACUUUUUAAGAAUUUGUUGUCCAUUUCCUAACCUUCCAAUUCGUCAAUUGAGUUUAUUGGAGUGUGAUAGUAAAUCUUUGCUACAAAAACAUAACGUAACCGUGCAAAAGUUUGAAAUUAUUGAAAAACCUGACGACCUAGUAAAACUGAAACAGACUUUCAAAGCUCAAGAAUAUGUAAUCAAGGCUCAAAUCUUAGCUGGCGGUAGGGGUUUGGGUGUGUUUGACAACAAUUUCAAAGGCGGUGUCCAUUUGACCAAGGAUCCUGAAAAGCUUGAAGGUUAUGUUGAAAAAAUGUUGGGGCAUAGAUUAAUUACAAAACAAACUCAUGAAGAAGGGAUUCUGGUGACAAAGGUUAUGAUAGCUGAAUCUGUUAAUAUUAAACGGGAAACUUAUUUUUGUAUUUUGUUGGAUAGACAAUAUGGCGGCGCUGUUAUAUUGGCUUCCCCCGACGGUGGAACUGCUAUUGAAGAAGUUGCUGAAAAAAGUCCCGAAUUGUUGAAACAUUUUCCCGUUUGUAUUGUUGAAGGUUUGGGGGAUAAUGCUGCAAAAGAUAUUGCUAAGUUUUUAGGGUUUAAAGGUGUGUUUCAUGAUAAAGCUGUUAAUGAAUUGAAAGCUUUGUGGAAGUUUUUCGUGGAUUUUGAUGUGAUUCAAUUGGAAAUCAAUCCUUUUGCUGAAACUGAUACAAACGACGUUUAUUCAGUUGAUGCCAAGAUUCAGUUUGAUGAUAACGCUGAAUUCCGUCAUGAGGAUAUUUUCAAACUGGCGGUCACUGGAGAAAUGGAUCCCCGUGAAAUUGAAGCUAUGAAGUACAACCUGAAUUAUAUUGGGCUUGAGGGAAAUAUAGGGUGUCUAGUAAAUGGUGCAGGGUUAGCUAUGGCCACAAUGGAUAUUAUUCAAAUGCAUGGCGGUAAACCUGCCAAUUUUUUGGAUGUGGGUGGCGGGGUGACUGAGGAUAGAGUUGUUAGAGCAUUCAUGAUUCUCACUUCUGAUCAUCAAGUGGAAUCUAUUUUGGUGAAUGUUUUUGGGGGAAUAGUGGACUGUGCAGUUGUGGCACAGGGCAUAGUGAAUGCGUCAAAGACAGUCAAAUUGAAAGUGCCUCUUGUGGUGCGUAUUGAAGGCACCAAUGUGGCGGCUGGCAGAAAAGUGUUUGAAGAAUCGGGGCUGGCGAUUCAGUUUGCGUCAGACCUGGAUCAAGCGGCCAAGUUGGCUGUUGCUAGUCUCAAUGUUAAAUGAAGGUGAAAUAAUAGAUAAUAAAUAUGGAAAUAGUAUGAGCAAUAGAAUACCUUGACGUUUUUCAAUGUAUAUUGUAAAGGAAAUCACUAUUGUGCCUAUUUUCCGGCAGUCGCGCUGUUGUAAAAAGUACAACAGUGUCAGUUUUUUGCUGCGCAAAACUAUUGAAUGGGGUAAUGUC